ACAAUAUCGCAACACUGCUUGUCAGUUGCAGUGGAGUUUGCCGUCGUGUCAAUAGCCCCUGAUGGAGAGAUUUUUGAGAAGGUUAUAACGUUACUUAUGAUUCACUUGCAGGGAAUUCAUAGAGCAUAGCUAGCUACUUGCCUGCAGCACAUUUCAGUUUUCCAGUCUCUGAUCCUCCAGAAUUUACAUACUGCAGCGAUUGGGAUCUUGCUUGCUGCAUGAAUUGCUGGAACGUUAGCUAACUGUUAGCGAGCGUAUCUCGGCAUAAAGAAAAAAAAAAGCUUUACGUGUUAGUCAGCUAACUGCCAGCAUUUGGUGGUAUUCUUAAUUUUAAGAUACAUUCAAGAGAUGACACAGGGGAACAACAUGACUGAAAAUGAGUAUGAUACGACAAAGGGCAACAUCUCUACAGUGCCGGCUGAGGUGGACGAGAAGAAGGCAGAAGAGAGUUGUUUGAAUGAAGAGGAGAAGAAGGAGAAUGGGGAUAGUAAAUUAAAGGUCCCCGAGACUGCUGAAAAAGAAUUCGAGCCCCCGGAGGGAGGUUGGGGAUGGGUGGUCAUGCUGGCUGCCAUGUGGUGCAACGGGUCGGUGUUUGGGAUCCAGAAUGCUUUCGGUAUCCUCUUCGUGUCUCUGCUGAAGGAGUUCGGCUCCGAAAAGGACGAAGACCUCAGGUUUAAAACAGCUUGGGUUGGCUCCCUGUCCAUGGGUAUGAUCUUCUUCUGCUCGCCCAUCGUCAGCAUCUUCACCGACCUGCUGGGCUGCAGGAUUACCGCAGUGGGUGGGGCGGCCGUGGGGCUGGUGGGACUGCUGGCCAGCUCCUUCGUCACGUCCCUGGGCCCCCUCUACUUCACUUACGGGAUCGUCUUCGCCUGCGGCUGCUCCUUCGCCUACCAGCCCAGCCUGGUCAUCCUGGGGCACUACUUCAAGAAGCGUCUGGGGCUGGUGAACGGCAUCGUGACGGCGGGCAGCAGCAUCUUCACCAUCACGCUGCCGUUCCUGCUGUCAGGCCUGUUGGAGAAGGUGGGCCUCCACAACACCAUGCGGGUGCUCAGCAUCUUCAUGUUCAUGCUCAUGCUGGCCGGCUUAACCUACAGGCCGCUCCUGCCCUCCGGCUCCUUCAACAGCAAGACCGGCAGCCGCUGCCCGCCCAUCAACAAGGUCUUCAACGUCAACAUCUGGAAGUCGCUGGGCUACCGGAUCUGGGCUUUCGGCAUCCCCGCCGCACUGUACGGAUACUUUGUGCCGUACGUUCACUUGAUGAAACAUGUGGAGGAGCUGUUCGGGAAGGACGCCAACAAAGAGGUCCUCCUCAUGUGCAUCGGCAUAACUUCCGCGGUGGGCCGGCUGAUCUUCGGCAGGGUGGCGGACUAUGUCCCCGGCGUCAACAAGGUGUACCUGCAGGUUGCGUCUUUCUUAGUCAUCGGCCUGAUGUCCAUGAUGAUCCCGCUCUGCAAGAUAUUUGGCGGGCUCAUCGCCGUCUGCCUGCUCAUGGGCCUGUUUGAUGGCUGCUUCAUCUGCAUCAUGGCCCCCAUCGCCUUCGAGCUGGUGGGUUCCCAGGACGUGUCCCAGGCCAUCGGCUUCCUGCUCGGGAUGAUGUCUGUGCCCAUGACCGUGGGGCCACCCAUUGCAGGUUUCUUGAGGGACAGGCUGGGCUCCUACGACGUAGCCUUCUACCUGGCAGGUAUACCCCCCCUCAUCGGGGGAGCUGUGCUGUGUACCAUUCCCUGGGUGGAGGCGAGGAGGAAGAGGAGGGAAAAGGAAGCGGAGGCUGACGCUAAACUGAACUACAACAAGAACAGCGAGAUUCUAGAACACGACUCUGUCAUCUGAUCACCCGCCAUGCACAUGCAUGCAUGAACACAGGCGUGAAUUUAAACCCAUUUAAACAAACUGCUGAGUAUGUUCAUAAUACACACUUACACAAGUACACAUAUUUACCUGUAUAUGUAUAUACAUAGACAGUAUUAUAUGGCUGCUCUUGCAGAAAAACUUAGGGAAACUUAAUGUAUUUCAGUGAAAAGCAUAUAGUAAUACACAAGUGAUUUUUUUAAAUGAAUGUGAUCUUAAAGAGCUAUGCAUCGCAAUGCCACAUUCCCAUGAGUAUUCUGCGUUUAGAAUAACUUAGAGAUAAACAUGGAAAUGAAGAAAUAUUUCUUACAAGGGACAGCACACUUUCCAAAAGCAUUUAUUUUCAGGCUGAAAGCACUUCGCUGCCUAACGAGGAAACUGUGUGAAGACGUUCUGUCUUAAGAGUAGUUUGAGGCUUUCAAUCAGCAGUGGCCCGCAAAGCCUCGUAUAUAUACAUGUAUAUAUCUCCCUCAUGGGCAAUUGAGGUUAAUCUCUAUGGUAAAGAUAGAUGGUUGAUUUUCCAUCGAGUUCAUGCUCCUGUUUGGAGCUUGUAAUUUGUUCCAUUUUAAAACAAAAAUAAUUCAUUAUUUAAAAAUAAAGCCCAGGGAAAGUGUUUGAUUGAACAUACUAAGCAUUUGCCAAGUCGAUUUACAGGGUUGACUGUGUGCCAUAAAUCCAGUCAAAUACUUUCCCUAUUCCCAGAGAACAACCCUAGGUGAUUUUGAAGAGAGAGCAUAUUUUUGUAGCCAAAGAAAUCGAUAAUAGCUUUUCUGUAUAUGUCUGGUUUAAUGUAACUAGUGUAGACUCCAGGGUCUGCCAUAAGUUGGGAGUAAGCUAUUACCAAAUCCUAAUAGAUUCCCCAAAAGAGAGGCAUUUGCCUAACACACAACACUGAUAAAGAUAUUUUAAUAUCUCUUGAUAUAUUUUAGAAGUCUGAUAAAUAGAUUUGUUUAUAAAGCAUCAUUCAAUUGAGGGGCUGCCUAGAGAAUUCCAUUGUUGACUGGAAUUGAGAAAUUGCAAAACAAUCUGCCUCUGCUUUUUAGGUGAAUCUUAAUAUGUGGGUUCAUAAGAUUCUCCUAAAUAUGCGAAGAUUGUCAAUGUGUGGGGACUAUGAAAUGAUAUGACCUGGGCAUACAAUAUCACUUCAAAGAAGUGCAUUAUUACAUAGUGGGUGGGUAGGGUCGUUUUUUUAAAAAUGGUAGUACAUUUAUUUUAUGAGUUUAGAUGGUGCUGGGACGGCUCAAGAGAGCAGCUUUUAGCACAUUUGCAGCAUCUACAGUGUCCUGUACUUGCGAAAACUAGAGCUGAAGAAUGUCGUCACGAGUCUUCACCGGACCUGACUUUCAUUGAUGCUUUUUAAUGUCAUUGAUCUCUUUGCGUUUUUUUUUAUGAGUUUCCAAGUGAGUUGGCAAGUGUGGCUGACAGAGUGAGUGGAAAUCCUCUUCAGUGUUAAACCAUUAUUACUAUGGUAAUCUUUUACACACAUUUUACGAGCGUUUGAGGUUGAGAUGUAUUUCUCUAUGCAACACAAUGUGAAAUCGCUAUGUAUUGAUUCGCCACAGAUUUUUGUAAAAAACAAGGAAUAAGAUGCAUUAAUUGCAUUGUAAAAGUGGAUGUGGUCUAUAAAUGUGUAUUUUAUUCAAUUUAACGCAUAUCAAUAAGCCGGGAUUGUAUUACCAGCUCCUUAGUGAAUAUUAUGCAGGCUUACCUUAAAUGACACAAAUAUGUCUUAACCAAUAUGUCCCAGUUUCGAAAUUAUAUUGCUACAUCAGAAAUGUGAGCCAUUUUAUCCAUUGUCUUUGUGUUCAGUUAUAUACAACAGAAAAGAGUCAAUUAACUAAUUUCUAUUUAUAGUUGCAUGUACUUUUUUGAGAAUUUUAAGUAGUACAGUUCACAUAUUACAUUAAUUGAACUCAAUGCCAUAAUGAAUAUAUGUUGCUCUACAUAUUGUUGAUGUACAGUUUAUUUGAUGGUCAAGUAUAUUAUAUUUUGCUUUUUAAAUGCUAUGGGUACCCUUGAAUUGCACAAAGAAGCUGAAUGUCAUAGGAAAUCAGUUUAAAUUAGCCACAGUGCAGUGCUUUGGAAGUGUUUUUCCAGUUGCGUCCGUCCAACAACCUUGCAUUUGUCCAUCCGCAAAACUUGAUUCGUUUUUUUUUUAAGCAUUUCACCAAAAACACCUCUAGAUAGUAGUUAUCAUAAUUCAGGGGUGUCUAGGAAAACUACAAUUCAAUUAACUCUAUAUCAUAGGGCAUGACAAACAUCAACAGAUCGCAUUACUAAUAUUCAGAACAGAACUGAAAGUGCCCACACAUAUCUGCUUUGUCUCAUCAAGUUUUUUUGUUUUUUUUCCAGGACACCCCUUGCAAUACAAUCUACCUCAAAUGAAUAAUUCCUGCAAUUUUGUCUUAAAACUAGAAGGGAAUCAUUGCAGUGCACAUUCAUGACAAUUCUUUGAGGUCUGAUACAAAUAAUUUACUCUCACUACUCGGCAUGUUUGUAGAGAACACUUACCCCAUCAUUUCUAAACAGAAAAGUUGUUCCGCCCUUAAGAUGGAUACUCUAUUGAACUACUUUGUUGCGAGCUGGCGCUGUUUGCUCGGCUGGGUGUGUUGUAUUGCACAGCCUUCUCAAAGAACAGCAUUUGUGCCUGAAUGAAUAGCCGGUUUAAUUUUAUGACGCGAGUAUAAUGGAAACGUCAUGAAUUUAAAACAAUGUAAAUAUUAGCCUUUUGUGGAAUUAGCGCCAUGAUACUUGAAAGCUCAACAACCAUAUCUGUAUAAUCUGUUUUCUUUUAAUUCACCAUUUGAAUCAUCACUACGGAACCGCAAUAAACUGAAAGUAUACCCAGGAGUUGUUCAGUUCAGUAUGUGGUUGCUGUGUCCUAUACUUCAGAAGACCUCUGGGAACAAAUAGACUGCUCUUCAUUGUGAAAUGCUCUGGGGUUAAGAUCGGAAGUUGGUGUACACCACAUUGACUGAUUAUUGCCAUAUUUUAUUUUCCUUUUACAAUUAUAUAGGAUCUUCAUCUUUUCAUGUUGCCAUUAAUAUGACAGAGGAAUGUAAAGGACUUGUAGAAUCCCCUUAAAAUGACAGGAAUCUGUGUUGGUUUUUUUUUCCACACCAGUGUUUGUACUGUGUUUGCUCUGGCUUCCCGAUAACAAUGUUUUGUUGUCACUUCAACUUUUAAAAAGACUGCAGUUUUUCCAGAGUACCUUAAUCCUAAGAAUAAAAAUGAUUGAAUUUGUGAUUUGUGAAUUUUAUUUAUCUGCAAAUGUGGUGACUGCAGCUCUCUGUCUACCUUUCACUAAACUUUAAAACACAUUUCAGUGUAGAGUAAUUACAUGUUUCUGUUUGAACCAAUCAUUUAGAUCUAAUCUUUUCUGCCCCACAGACUAGAUUUAACACACUUUAUUUUUGUGACCGCCGGUAAUUCCUCCUUAAAUGUUUAUGAUAGGGCACCUUUCUGAGAUGAUCUCUCUGGAUUCAGCCUUUGAAAUAACCCAAGUAUUGAUGCAAUUGAACAAUCCAAAGAAUUACUUGUUUAUUGAUGUAACGUAAAAUUAUAAAUGUAUAAAACAAUCCAAAGAAUUACAUGUUUAUUGGUGUAACUUAAAAUUAUAAAUGUAUAAAUUAACCAUACAUGUUCACCAUUUUUAUUCAGCAUUUUCAGUAGCUUAUGGCCGAAAUAAGCAGUAUCACCAGUAACUAUGACAAUACUACCAUUCUACCAUGUAUUACUGGCAGUAGAAACUUCAGAAACAUUAUUUAACACUGCACCUCUACAAGCCUGUAUGCAAAAUAAAAUGUUUAGUCUCGUAUGUUUCCUAAAGGAUUUUGUAAUUCAGGUAGUAGAGCCAAGUCUACUUCUAGUACACUGCUUUGCUCUGCACAUUACAGUAUAUGCUGUGAUUUCAUAAAAAAUGGAGUAUAUUGCUUCUGUCUUUAAAAUGAUCUUUUAAGUCCUAUUUUUCUGCACUUCUGUAUCUUUUAAGCGCUAUUUAAAAUAUACACCUUGUAUAUUGGUGAUCAUUUAAAUCUUUCAUUCAUGUAUUAAUUUCAGCAUGGUUUACUUUUUAUUUUCAGUUGCAUGAAUCUGUUUCAUUUUGUGACAUUCAAUGUAUUUUGCAGCCUGCAAAGUGUAUCACAGAUUUUUAAAGUAAAGAUUUGUUCAACUUUUCAUUAAACAUCUGGAAAAUGUUUCUUAUUUCA